AUGCAAAGUGUGGAGAGAGUGGAAAGUGCCAGUGCCUCUCUGUUGACCUUCCCUGCAAACCUGCCCCUGCUGCAGAGAGAGUUGCUGCACUGUGCCAGGUUGGCUAAGCAGACCCCAGCUCAGUACCUGGCCCAACACGAGCAGCUUCUCCUGGACGCCAACGCCAGCUCGCCCCUCGACUCCUCCGAGAUCAUGUUGGAGUUGAAUGAGCACGGCAAGAGAAGGACCCCUGACAGGACAAAAGAGGGCUCAGAGAGAGACGGCAUGCACCCGGAGCACCAUGCUAAGAGGCCCUGCACCAUCAGCCCCAGUCAACGCUUCAGCCCCAGCACAGGUCUUCCUGCUCACCCGCCUCCCAACGGCCUCCCCAACCACCCUCCCAACGGCCUACCACAUCCACCCAACCCCCAAAUGGGACCCCAACACUAUCGCUUAGAAGACAUGGCCCUGGCGCACCAAUACAGAGACGCUUACAGACAUAAUGAACACCGCGACACCCGAGACAGGCACCGGCCGACAGCAGUGCAUGGAGCCCGCCAAGAGGAGGUGAUUGACCACCGUCUUACUGAUCGAGAGUGGGCAGAGGAAUGGAAGCACCUAGAUAAUCUCCUGAACUGCAUCAUGGACAUGGUGGAGAAGACGAGGCGCUCUCUGACGGUUCUGCGCCGCUGCCAGGAGGCCGACCGGGAGGAGAUGAAUCACUGGAUCCGGCGUUACAGCGACGUGGAGGAGAUGAAAAAAGGUGGGAGCAACGGACAGCACUGCCUUCCUCCUCCUCCUCUUCCUCCUCAGCCACCUCCUCCUCCUCACCACAACUCCUCCUCCAACACAGCUAGCAGCAGCGAGUCACUGCCCGUAGGAACUCCCUCGGCUGCUGAAAGGCAGACAGGCAGACAGACAGAGAUCCACAGAGACUUCUUACACAGGCCUCCAUCAGGAUACCUGCCAGAAGAAAUCUGGAGGAAAGCCGGUACUACAAGCAUCCCACUAUCCCCGGCACUAAAACACCUUCAAAACAGGCAGGAGGAGGCCGUGAACGAGGUGAAGCGACAGGCGAUGUCAGAGCUGCAGAAGGCGGUGUCAGACGCCGAGAGGAAAGCUCAUGAGAUGAUUUCAGUAGAACGAUCUAAAAUGGAAAGGGCGCUGGCCGAGGCCAAGAGGCAAGCCUCUGAGGAGGCACUCACAGUCAUCAAUCAGCAGGAGGACUCCAGUGAAAGCUGCUGGAACUGCGGGAGGAAAGCCAGUGAGACGUGCAGCGGCUGCAACACGGCUCGCUACUGCGGCUCCUUCUGCCAACACAAAGACUGGGAGAAGCACCACCAUGUCUGUGGUCAAGGCCUGCAAGGGAUGCCAGGGAGCACCCCCUCCUCCUCCACAGUGUCCUCCAGUGCGCCUCCCACCCACUCGGAGAGCACCCCUCCAGGAGCCUUGUCCUUGGCAGGCCAGAGUAGUAUUGUGGGAGGGGCUGGCAGCGGCAGUGGAAGUGUGUCUGCGAGUCCCAAGGAGAGCAGCUCCAGCAGUGCCUCUCGCUCCACAACUCCAGCCACCCCCGCCCUGCUGGAUGCCACUUCUCGCUGACGUCUGAUGCUUGUCCCCUCCCUGAAUACUGAUGCGACUGUGCUCACACUCCACACAAAACCAAACUGAGGAAUCUUCAGCGCACACUGCUCCCUUUCCUCUCCCCCAACUACUUAUUUCCCUGUUACUCUAAGCUCUUCUGGGAAUCUUCUCACUACCUGAUGAUAGACUUUAACCGUUCACCUUUCCCCAAAAAAUAAUUUUUCUGUCUAUGUUCUUUCACAACUACAGCCACAAAUACAAAGAUUCCAGCCUGGCGUUCAGUGUAGUGAAAAGCACGGAAAGUGUCUCCUAUCUGAGUUCAGUCACAGACUCAUGUUGGAUGUGUUUGAUGAAAAUUUGACUUGAAGAUGUGCCCUAAGUUAUUGAACACGUUGAACCUGUCUACACAAGACAAGUGCUUUAGUAAGGCAAUAUUAAUAGGGGAAUGGCUAGGCUGAUUAGCACUUGGAUUGGAUUUCCCUUUAAUUUAGCACCAAUGAGAGAACAGUAGUCAGCCCUGAGAUGUGUACCCCCAGUGCAAACAGCUCGCUGAUGUGGCACUUAUUCUAAAGUGAAUAUCUUUUUUUAAAGAGACGAGGGAAGGGGAAAUCCGUGAUGCGACUUAUUCCUCCAAAACACAGCUUAGUAUUUAUUCAAAUGUUUCUUUCUGGCUUUAAGGUAAAACAAAGAAAAGUCCAAAUAUUCUAAAUGAAGAAUAGUAGUGAUGGUGAAGCUGAUGUUGACGAUAAUAAUGAUAUGAAAAUAAAUAAAUUUUAAACUAGUAACUACCUUGCUAGCGAGCCAAGAAAAAUCUACACCGGACUCACCUCUCUAUACCAUUGUGAACCCAAAUGAAUUCAAAGAUGAAAAAUAACAUGAUCCAAACCUUUGUAUUACACUGCCAAAGUGAGUAAGUAAGCGAUAAGGAGAAGCACUCAUCUUAUAACCAAACGCAAAGCAACAUCACCUCCUCAGCAGAUAAGUCAGCCCUGAGAGGACCAGGCUGCAGAGGAGCUGCAGAAUGGGAGAUAUUCAGACAUUUAAAAAUACAAACUGUGACCUGCUUUGAUCUGCAGCUGCCUCCUGCAGUCUGGACAAAAACUAUAACAAUCCCUCAGUGACGGCCCAGACUCGUGAAAAUGGACAAUGCUGUGAACUUGCCUACAAGAAAGACUUAAUUCAAUAGAUGGAAACCCCUGCCACAGUGUGAUUUUUUGAAUGGUAAUUGAGAGGACAAAAAGAAAAAAAGAGGGAAGUAAAAGCUACACAGCCUAAAAGAAGGUGACCAUACAAACACGGCGUAGGAGAUGCCAAAAACCUCAAAACAAGCUUGAAAACAUUGUUUGUGAGUCAUUUUCUAAAGCUCUACAACGAGGAGAUAUUUCAAGGAAUUGCUGUUACCUUUACAUUCACUCCCUCCUUUUCCAAAGCAUGAUGAACUGAUGACAGAGCCUAGUGAAGGGCGUGAAGACUUGGUUCUCCUCUCUCUUUCUACCUCCCCUCACCCAACACCUCCCUUCUACGCUCUUCCCCCGACUUCUGACUGGCCCUAUCCCUGGCCUGCUUCGGACAGAGCCUCUGAGCAGUCACGUGGGAAGGGUUCGAACCUGCUUGUAGAUAUUGUUCCUCUUUUCAAAUUUCAAUAAUGUCUCUUGUCGCGGAUGUCCUCAUGUGCUGCCCUUGUGUAUAUCCAGAAACACAGACUUUGUUUUGGUUUUGUUACUUUUCAUUUUCCUCCUUUACGUUCGGGCGGAGCAGUGAAGUCAGAGCAAGGAGGACUGUUGCUAAUGAGAGGAAGCCCCACAUUGUACUUAUUGUUUGAUUUGUUGUAUCUAUAUUAUUGAGAUGAAACCCCUCUUGUAGAAUAUUUUGUAUUGCUCGCAUUGUAAGACAGUGAGAGGACAGAGGUGCAAUAUGAAGAGAAUUCAGCUACUGAAUGGAACCUCAGCAACUGCCCAUAGGGUGUCAUAUAAUAUAGAUACAUAUAAAUAUAUUUAAAGUAACAUCGGUAACUUAAUGUGAAUGUACAUAGUAUUUAAAGAGGUCCAAAAAUGUGUUUGCCAAAUAACAGAAACCUUUAAAGUUUAAUGUCCAGAAUAUGAUUUUCUCACAGUACAUUUAUUUCUAAACAUUUCUCAAAUGUCCUUUUCUUUCUCUCAUACUAUUUUAACUCUUUCAACUUUCACUCCAAUCAAAGUGUCCCUGAGUGGAGGAAACUGUUGGUAACAAGUGUCAUAAUGCAGCUGAAAAUGGAUGAAAACAGAUUUAAUGGUGAAUGGACACUACAAAACCUCCAGAACAUAUUUUGUAUUAGUUUAUUAGGCCUUAAUUUACAAUAUUUGAGAAAUCCAAAUCAUGAUGCACCACAAAAAACCUUUUACAAAAUUAAUCAAAUGUAUUUUACUUUAAUCUGAUUAUGUUAUGCAAUGGUAAAAAUAAUCCAUGCUUCAUUCUUCCCAGGUCAGUUUUCAUCCUGCAGGAGGGGCCUCAACAGUGUAUAAAAAAAAGCCAAACUAUAUUUAAUAGUUACAAAAAAAAGGAAGGAAAUAGUGGUGGUUCAGUUUCAAAUUUGGAUCAUUCAAAAAUAAUCAGGAAUUGUAAUGCUUAUAUAUUCUAUUAUGUAAAGUGUUCUGUUCCUGCCACUGACCCUCUAUUUCUUUUAGUCCUCAUCAUCAUAUUGUGUGUGUGUGUGUGUGUGUGUGUGUGUGUGUGUGUGUGUGUGUGUGUGUGUGUGUGUGUGUGUGUGUGUGUGUGUGUGUGUGUGUGUGUGUGUGUGUGUUUAGGAGUAUUUGUUUCACCCAAGGUGCAGGAUAAGCCAUUACAUAAUAUGCCAGUAUUAAGCUACAGUAAACCUCUAAGCUCAUUUUGAUACCUGAUCUUUUUUUUAUUUUAACUGAUUAUUGUUUAUUUCAAAAGAUGCAUGUUAGGCACAUUUUUCUCAAAAAAAGAUUUCUCCAACCUUUUUCCAUAUAUUUCCACAUUCUCAAGGAAUGUGAUCACCUCUGUUUAACACAAGUAUGUAAAGCCCUAGACCUUUACUUACAGUAAAGCAAUAGACGGCAUGCAGCAGCCUUUGUCAAACAAAUGUAAGAUUGAUAAUCGUAAACUCCCAAAAGUUGGCUUCAUUUACAGUUGGACCACAGACCUUUGUUGUAGCAGUGACUGGCAUAGGAAAAUUGUUCAUCAACAUCUCUACUAAGUGAAUAAUUGUAUUUGGACUAUCUGCGAUACAUAAUUCAAACUGCAAGGUACCCCUGCAUCUGUGUGUAGCAUUUAUGUAUGUGUGUUAUAAUUACUUGGAUAUGUUGUUGGCCUCAGCCUUCUUGUGUCAUUUUCUCCUUAUCCCCAAUGUCUACUUCCUCCACUUCUACCCCGCACCCUCUUUGUAACACCCCUUCACACUAGCUACCUCCUGUGACCAUACAGCUAACCACCAGGAGAGGUUGACCUGGACUUUGAAAAGCUUGGCUGAGAGCAGACGUGGAAACGCACAUUCAAAGCAAUCAUAUGUGUCUGUCUAAACAUUUUUAAAUCAAAAAAAGUGUUGAAAGGAAUUGCCAUUACUCAUGAUGUGGAGCAAUAUGUAUUCCCACCAGACCUCAGCUGCCUGUUUGAUCACCUUCCACCAACUGAACUGCUGGGAUUUAGUAAUAGGUACACAUACAGUCAAACAUGCAUAUUACCAAACUGAACACUCAACCAUUGACAUGCCAUUUGUUGUCCAAAACCAAUAAAAGCACAGACCAAAGUACUCUAUUGCCAUAAUAGGCUUUGACACAGUGUGUAUUGACAGACCAGAAAUAAUAAGUUUAGAGCUCCACUAUACCAGGUAACCAAAGUGUCUGAAAUACACACAAUCAGGGCACAAGAGUGAAGAGCAUGCUUAAUGAACCGGCUGACUUUCAAAUGUGUAGAGUUAUUUUUCAAGCAAUCAAAGCGCUUGUUGUCUACAUAUUGACUAGUGCUUCUAUAAAAGAUAAUAGAAGCUUCUCCUUAAGAAAAGCCUACUGAUUGCGUGUUCUUACAGUUACAAAGCCUUGCAGAGAUAAAAUGAAUGCAUGGUGGGUGUGUGUUUGUGUGUGACUGGUGGUGUGUGUGUGUGUGUGUGUGUGUGUGUGUGUGUGUGUGUGUGUGUGUGUGUGUGUGUGUGUGUGUGUGUUUUUGUAAAAAAAGAAAAAACGUUUGCUUCUUGUCUCUGUACAAACUACUUGAAACUUUCAGAGCUUUAAUGAAACAUCCCAGACAGACUAUGGUGGCAUAUCUAUUCACAAUAUGUAGCAACAGCUUUGUGCAGUACAAUACUGUGUUUGCGUACAAUAUUGAAACAACAUUUAAUGGCAGUUCCAUUCAACUCCUCAAUGCUUUUGAUUGUGCAUCCUUGUCUGCAAGUAAGCCCUUAGAAAAACAAAACCAAACAUAGUAACCACUUAUAAAUGACCAAAAUACAACCAAAAGAUACAACUUUUCUUUUUAGAUUUCAUGUUGGUUAAGGGAUUUGUGUUAUUGUCCCGGCAUUAGAACUUCAACACGGUUGAUUGUGUGGGUGUCCUUCACUGAGAUUCUCCCUCCUGAUUUAAUUGAAAAGGAAACAAAAGAUGUUCUAUUCAGCUGGGUGCUAGCUUCCUUAAUUUAAGAAACAAACAAGAUUUGUUAUAUACUUUUCUCUGUACAGAUAAUACAGAUGGCAAAUGCAUAAGGGCUCUGCUUUUGUGAAUAUUAUCCAAGGGUCUCCGAACACUUUACACCACCCACUUUUCUGUUUGUUCUACUAUGUACAUGAUAUGGGCAAAACGCAUGUUUAGAAAAGGCAAAGAAUGGCAGGUUGGCAUUUGUAUCUACUUACCCCAACCAGUUACUCUACCAAUGAAGUUUCAAGACUCAUCUGAUGACACAUCCUUCCUGUGAAACAGGCACUGAUGAAGAAAGCUAAAGUGGAAAACAGUGGGUACAGCACUUGUUUUCCCUAAAGCUAUGGCUCAGGAUGGUCCUGUUUAUACCUUUACAUAAAUGGAAAAAAAGGUUUAUGUUUUUUAUGUGUAGGGAGGCAUUCUAUACUGUAUUGUGCAAUACAUUAUUACAGAAAAAACAUUUUUCUGUAGGAGAGGUUGGCGCCUUGAAGAUCGUUCUCCUUUUGUUUUAUUUCCCUCUUCAAUAAGGUAAUGUUACCGUUUUUAGAUGAAGUUAACUGUGCCAGAAGAAUUCAAUUCUGAUUUGUAUUUAUUUCUUGCAUGCUUUCCUCCCUGUUGCUAAUACCGCUCUUUAACUGUUCGCUCUGUUGGAUGUGUGAAGCUGUAAAACAUUCUAAUUCAGGUUAUUGUCUGUGUUGAACAAUGUAACUGUGUAAUUAAAACAUGAAAUUAA